GUACCAAUUAGUAUGCUAACCCUAAAAUCAAAAUACCCGAUGUUUACGUUUUCAAUUUCAAAUUGGGCAAAUAAUUACUCUUUUCUGCUCACAAAUUUUGUCCUAAUCAUUCCCAGAUAUUGACCACCUAAAACACUCUUCUCUUCCACCUCAAAGAUCGAGACUUUCUUAUUCGCAAGCUCAAGGCUCAAACUUCCGGUCAGGGUAUCAGAUUUCGGCUUUUUAAAGUCAAUUUAGUGACACCCUUUUGAAUUGUUUGAGGGGGUUUUAGAAGUUGGGGGUAUAGAACAAUGGGUAGCAGUGAGUCAGAUAAAACUUCAAAAGAGAAAGAGCCAAAGAUGUCACCUGCUACUAAUACACAGGAGCAGUCUUUGAGCACUAGUGCUGGGACAGUCAAUGCAGAAUGGUCAGGGUUUCAGGCCUAUUCUCCCAUGCCUCCGCAUGGCUUCUUGGCAUCAAGUCCGCAAGCACCUCCAUAUAUGUGGGGGGUUCAGCAUAUUAUGCCUCCCUAUGGUACCCCUCCACAUCCUUACGUUGCAAUGUAUCCUCAUGGUGUAUAUGCACAUUCAUCUAUUCCUCCAGGAUCAUAUCCUUUCAGUCCUUUUGCCAUGCCGUCUCCAAAUGGCGUUGCUGAGGCUUUUAGAAAUACUCCUGGAAGUAUGGAAACAGAUAACAAGCCAUCUGAAACAAAAGAAAAAUUGCCAAUUAAAAGAUCGAAAGGAAGUUUGGGUAGUUUGAACAUGAUUACUGGGAAGAACAAUGGGCUUGGUAAAACAUCAGGGCCAUCUGCAAAUGGGGGUUAUUCUAAAAGGUAUGGUGAAAGCAAAUUAAUUGAUGAGGGCUUUUUGGCUUUGCUAUUUCUUGGAUCUCUCAAUCCACCUAUAUAGGGGUUUGAAGGAAUGACGAAAGGAAAAAAGAGGAGGGUUCUGGGGCAAAGCCAUUAUUGCAAGUGCUAGGGGCUUCUUAUUUUUCCUGAUAUUGAGGUGCUUCAUUGAAAUGUCAAGGGCACUCUUUAUGGAAGAAGCUCUCUUCUUUUCCUUUUCUAGUUCCAUAAAAUUUACUUUACUUCUUGCACAGUGUAUCUUGUCUGAGUAUGCAUUGCUUUUACCUUUUGCUAAAUUAUAUGUUAGAGUCUAAUUUGGCUGCUGUUAGAAUUAUUCUGGAUAUGCAGUGCUGAAAGUGGAAGUGAAGGAAGUGAUGCAAACUCCCAGAAUGUAAGUCUAAUCCUGUUGAAUUUAUUCCUUUAUUUGUCAAUUAUAUUUCCUUUUCUUUAGGUGUGUUGACGCCUUAUUGAUGCAGAAGGUUUUGAAGUGAUCUUUGACCCUAGGAGGAUUUGUGCUUUUGUGGAUUAAACACUUUGUUGUGGUCAACAUUUCCUCUGUAAUAUGUUUAAUUAUUUUACUUGGGAGCCUUUAUAAGAGCUGUUGCUGUUUCCUUUUCUUUAUCUGUGAACAUCAAUUGUUCUUGAAAAAAUUGGUUAUGUAAUCAGUGUUUUCUGGUGCAAGCACCUUUUCAUC